AAGCAAACCAAAACAUGUAAUGUAAUAAACUCAUCAAAAACAGAGCUCUGUUUAUCUUUUCUUCCGUCAUUCGAAUGGCUGAUCAGAUUGAGAUCCAGAGAAUGAACCAAGAUCUUCAAGAACCAUUGGCUGAGAUCAUGCCAAGUGUUUUAACGGCAAUGUCGUAUCUCUUGCAAAGAGUAUCGGAGACCAACGACAACCUGAGCCAGAAACAGAAGCCCUCAAGCUUCACUGGAGUAACCAAACCUUCCAUUUCCAUCAGAAGCUAUCUCGAACGGAUCUUUGAAUACGCGAAUUGUAGCUACUCGUGUUACAUCGUCGCAUAUAUAUAUUUGGAUCGGUUCGUGAAGAAGCAGCCAUUUUUGCCUAUCAAUUCUUUUAAUGUCCAUAGGCUUAUAAUCACAAGUGUCUUGGUCUCUGCUAAAUUCAUGGAUGACUUGAGUUACAACAAUGAAUAUUAUGCAAAAGUUGGAGGAAUAAGCAGAGAAGAAAUGAACAUGCUUGAGCUUGACUUCUUGUUCGGAAUUGGGUUUGAGUUAAACGUCACCGUUUCUACUUUCAAUAACUAUUGUUGUUUUCUACAAAGAGAGAUGGCGAUGUUGAUGAAGAUGAAGUCUCUGUUUCUUGAACCUUCUUCAUUCAAAAUCUCUUCUAAGACGAAACUUGUGAUGUAUCCACACGAGGAAGACUCUUUAUCUACUCACCACAACAAGAAGCAACUCGCUGCUGCUUGAUUAUAUUUAUGCAUUGGGUCGUUAUCACGUUGUGUGAUGUAAAACCUUUUUAUAUAUCCGAGGGUUCUUGAUUAGUGAUGUUAGCUUGGAAUUUGUUUUGUACAUCUAGAGAUUGGUUUCUUUACUCGAUACAAGUUGAACUAAAUGCAAAUCUGAUAAUAUUUGUUUUCAUCAAAUGAUCAAACACAUACCAAAAACACUAAAUAUACUUAAUAUUGAUACCAAAAAAAAGAAAGAAAAGAGAUCACACUUAAGAGACAUGCAGACAUUAUAAGAUACGUCGAGCGCAUAAUCUAUAUAAAAAGCAUACAAGGCAAAGGAAGAUAAGUUACAUUUAACAGAGGACCAAAGUCCAAACCUAAUAAUCUUUUAAUAUUGCAAACGCUUAUACUCCUCCCAAAAUAUUAUAGUUGGGAGAAAUUACCAAAUCAAACGUCCUUACGGAUGAAUCUUACUACCAUGGCUCAAAGCGGCAACUUCACCGUUGAAACCACCACCACCACCACCGCCACCAGACCGACCAUUUCCGCUUCCGUAACCAUAUCCACCACCACGUGCUCCACCACCUCCAGAACCAUAUCCAUACCCGGUACCUGAUCCCGAUCCAGAUCCAUAACCGUAUCCGGAUCCUCUUCCCCAUCCUGUUGGUGAUCUACCUGAGCCUGCCCCGUAACCCCAUCCAGAUCCUGGAGCAGAGCCCCAACCCCAAUUGUACUCCCAAUUCGGCCCACGGCCCGACCCACUUUCGCCUGGCAUGUUACCUCUCGACCAUGCAAACGGACGUGAAACAGAAGUCUUUGCAGUGAUUAAAAAGAAAAAAACCAACAAGAGCCCUUUGAUCAUUUUCGAUAUAUUCUUAGGGUUUAUUUUCUUUUAUGUUUUACUUCAAAAUCUUGUUUUGUUAUGAAGUUAUUGUAAGAAAGCUUCUGCCACCAUUUAUAGGCAACAACGGUCCGUAACAAGUUGGUUU